AUGUUCCGUCCCGUACUAAGACAAGCUAUGAGAACGAGCUUGGCUCUUCGCCCUGCUACGGUCCGCUCUUUCGCCUCGGCAUCUGACCCUACCUUCAAUUGGCAAGAUCCUCUUGCUUCCAAGAACCUUCUAACAGAGGAGGAGAUUGCAAUUGCCGAGACGGCAGAGAGAUACUGCCAAGAGCGCAUGCUGCCACGAGUUUUGCAGGCUUACCGCGAUGAACACUACGAUCCCAAGAUCCUCGAAGAAAUGGGCGAGCUCGGUCUGCUCGGCGCCACCAUCCAGGGCUACGGCUGCGCCGGUGUGUCGAACGUCGCCAGCGGUCUCAUCACCCGCGCCGUGGAGCGGGUGGACAGCGGCUACCGCUCCGGCAUGUCAGUACAGUCGUCGCUGGUCAUGGGCGGCAUCAACGAGUUCGGCACGGCGGAACAAAAGGAGCGCUUUCUCCCAGAGAUGGCCAAGGGAAAACUCCUUGGCGCCUUUGGUCUGACUGAACCCAACCACGGCAGCGACCCCGGCAGCAUGGAGGCAAUUGCGCGUCCGCACCCGACCAAGAAGGGCGUCUACCUGCUCAGCGGCGCCAAGACGUGGAUCACAAACAGUCCGAUUGCCGAUGUCCUGAUGAUCUGGGCCAAAUUUGAGGAGACGGGCAAAAUUCGCGGUUUUCUGGUCGAGCGCAAGGACUGCCCGGCCGGCACUCUCGCCACGCCGGCCAUCAAGGACAAGAAUGGCCUGCGCGCUUCCAUAACGGGCAUGAUCCAGCUCGAUGAUUGCCCGGUUCCGGUAGAGAACAUGUUCCCCGACAUUGAGGGCCUGCGCGGACCCUUUUCGUGCCUCAACAACGCCCGCUUCGGCAUCGCGUUUGGCAUCAUGGGCGCGUUGGAGGACUGCAUCGCGCGCGCGCGCACUUACGCGCUAGAGCGCAAGCAGUUCAAAGGCAAUCCUCUAGCGCGCUAUCAGCUGAUCCAAAAGAAGCUGGCCGACGCCACGACGGACGCUGCGUACGGCACGCUGGCGGCCAUUCAGGUCGGCCGCCUCAAGGACGAGGGCAAGGCGACAAACGAGAUGAUUAGCAUGAUCAAGAGGGCCAACUGUGAUGCCGCUCUGCGCAACGCGCGCAUUCUGCAGGAGAUUUUCGGCGGCAAUGCCGUAUCGGACGAAUACGGCAUUGGCCGCCACGUCGCAAACCUGUUCGUUACGCAAACGUACGAGGGUCAGAGCGAUAUUCACAGCCUUAUCCUAGGAAGAGCCAUCACUGGCAUCCAAGCCUUUGUCUAA